AACUUGCUGGCUAAAUUGUCUGUAUUUUCUACACAAAAAGUGAAAAUAUGGCUCGUUUCUCAUUGCUUACUUCUGCCUUUCUCAUUGUAUGUGCCAUGUCCGUCCUUGUGGCAACUGCAAGUGUUCAAUUGACAACCAAGACUGAUGAUACCUAUCAUCCUACUGGUGGAGAAGGAUCUCUUACUCCACAAGAAUGCCCCAAGGCAUGCGAUUAUCGAUGCUCAGCUACCAGUCACAAGGAGCCUUGCUUGUUCUUCUGCAACAUGUGCUGCAAUAAAUGCUUGUGUGUCCCCUCAGGCACAUAUGGGAACAAGGAGGAAUGCCCAUGCUACAACAACUGGACGACACAAGAAGGCAAACCCAAGUGCCCUUGAAGACCUUGAAAUGAAAGAAUUUAGAUAUAAUCUUUUCGUUGCUUAUUGUUGAAUAAAAUUCAAUGGUCUAUUAGUACUCUUAAUAAAGAAGUUUGGGAUGGGAUCUUGGGGUCGGAUUUCCUAAUAUACCCUUGAACUAAAGGAAUGAAUUUGGGGAAAGGAAAUCAAUUAAUAGUGGUCAAUUAAUAUUAUGAAAUUACGUCAAUUACCCUCUAUUAAAAUUGAACUAAACUACGUACUAGGGUGUCUAAUGUCUAGUUACAAAUUUUGUUUGUAACCUGCUCGGUGACAAAUAGAUGAACCCUUUUCUAAA